UGACCAUGACAACAGCCUAAAUCUUCUCCACGCUUCGUAGCCUGCGGUGUCUCCCCCUUCAGACAACUAAGUCACGGAGCAGUCAAGAAACGAAACUAAAUUUUCGGAUACCCACGACCACUAUUCCUUUCUUCUCCAGGAGCGAAGGAGCGAACACCCAAGAGGUAAUGUAAACGCGAGUUACUCGAAAAUGAACAUAAAUAACUUACCUUCAAACGACAAAACUGGCUGCACCGGUCCCCCGCAAACUUUUAAGUCUCGCACCAGUGACGAUCAAACGCUGCCCGCUCUCUUCUGGGAUGGCGGGGAAAAUUGGAUAAACGAGGAUGAUUGUGCCGAUUUUGCCGCUUUGCAGUCCCUAAAGCGCGAAACGACCACUCCAAAAGAGCGCGCGGAGCGCUACAAGGCAGAAGGGAACGAGGCAUUGAAGUUUAUGAAGAACAAACUUUAUGUCCGAAAGGCUGUCCAGUUCUACACCCUCGCUUUGCAAGAAAAAUUCGACGAUGCAGCCUUGCGGUCUAUAUUAUUUGGGAAUCGUGCACAAGCGGCAUUGAUCCUUGGAAACUACCGAAAAGCACAUGUCGAUGCAGAGAGAUGCGUGGGAUUAGAUCCUGCAAACGUGAAAGGCUGGUUUCGAGCUGCUAAAAGUGCCAUCGAGCUUAACGAUCCUGUUAAGUGUAUGAAAAUGUGCACCGAAGGGCUCGAACUAGACCCCAAAAAUAAAGAGUUGAACACGUUACUGGCCGAUGCAAGAAAAACAAAAAAAACGAAGGACAUGCAACUGCAACGGCGGCAAUAUCGUGAAAGUCAUGCAAAACUUUACAUCCGCGAGAUAGUGAAAAGGGGCUUGCAGUUUGGCCCUCCUGGAUUUGCAACUGGAGAGCGCUUCCCCGAACUGUCUGCGCAGAACUUUCUGUCCUAUUGGGUACUAUUUCUCUAUCCUGAAGUCAUGCAUACUGACGUAAUUGAGGAUUUUGAUGAGCGGCAAAAAUUCUCGACGCAGCUUGACCUUAUGUUUGGACCGGAUGUGCAAGCGCCCGAAUGGGACACUGCAGGUGCCUACAAGAGAGACAGGUUAGAAAUAUACUACAUCACAAACUCAGCACCUGCUUAUCCGGCAAGUGUUUUUGAGCAAAAGGUGUUGAGCUCAAAUUGUGCAGGCACUUGUGCUGCAAAGGAUUUCGAGUUGACAGAGCGAGCGAAAUUGGAAAUGCGUAAAGUCCUUGUCGACGAAACUUGCAGUUUGGCUGAUAUACUGACAGCAGAUGGACAUGUCAUAUGUGGGCAUCCAGUGUUUUACGUCGUUGCCCUGGGGACAAAGUUUCGGGAAAGAUUUUUGAAGGAUGCGUGGAAGCUCUAGGUGUUGCUGACGGCAUGUUUGAUGUUUAAUCAUGAUUCGAAACAUUAAUCUUGAUUCCGCAGACUGCCGUGACUCGACUCUACCCGCGCACUAAAAAAGUCGUAAAUCAUGUUCGAGUACGCGGCCUGAUUCAUGACGUUUCGAGCACGAAACUGACAUGGAAAAAGCUCCAACGGAUCCA